AGCGUUUUUGUUUUCGUUACAAAAUAUCGGAAGUGGGCGGGGUUUACCGGGGAUGAGCGCACGAGCGCACUUCGAUCACCGGGGCGGCGCGAGCACGAGUGUGUAUUAGAGAGUGUGUGUUAGUGUGUGUGAGUAUGUGUGAGAGUGUAUGAGAGCGUGUGUGUGUGUGUGUGUGUGUGUGGCGACGGCUCGCUCUGUCAGUCGAGGAAACUUAAAGCAGCGCGUGAAGCUUCUGAAGAUCUUUUUCUGUGGAUGAAAGUUGUUUCGGCGCCUUUGAUCUUCUGCGGGACUCGCCUAAGCUGGAAAGAUGGACACCAGACCUUCAGCUUUACUAACCUAAGCACUAAAGAACUCCUCACAGAACAUGUGGAUCAGGAAGGUGCUGGUGUAGAACCUUCACACGUGAUCGAGUCAGGGGUGUGUGUGAGAUGGGCUCCAGUCUGACGUGUGUUGGUGUAGUGUGGGCUCUGAUGUCUCUGCUGAGCGCCGUCACCUCCUGUGUGGGAUUCUUUAUGCCUUACUGGCUCUUGGGCUCUCAGAUGGGGAAGCCGGUGUCGUUCGGGACGUUCCGGCGCUGCUCGUACCCGGUGCGAGACGAGAUCCAUGGAGGCACAGUCAUGAUAGAACAUUGUGGACGCUACGCCUCGUUCCUCAGCAUCCCCAGUCUGGAGUGGAGGAUCUGUACUGUGGUGACGGGAAGCGGCUGUGGACUGCUGCUGCUCGUGGCCCUCACAGCACUUAUGGGCUGCUGCGUGACAGACAUCAUAUCACGUACCAUCGGGAGAGCGGCAGGAGGAAUCCAGCUUGUAGGAGGUUUGCUGAUUGGCUCAGGUUGUGCUCUCUAUCCUCUCGGAUGGGACAGUGAGGAGGUUAAACAGACCUGCAGUAACGCCUCGGACCAGUUUAACCUCGGUUCAUGUGAACUCGGCUGGGCUUUUUACUGCACGUGUGUUGGAGCUGCUGUAACCCUGCUGCUGUGUACGUGGAUGUCCUGCUUCGCCGGAAAAAAACAGAAACACUAUCCUUACUGAGAGAACACACACACACACACACACACACACACACACACACACACACACACACACACACACACACACACACACACACACACACACACACACACACACACACACACACACACACACACACACACACACACACACACACACACACACACACGGCAUGGCUAAAAUUUGGUCUUCCAAUGUGUGCUUGUGGAUGAUUUUAUUUUUCAGAGUGUUUUUUAUUUUAUUUUAAAGUAUAACAGUUUUUUCUUCUGUGUGCAACUAAAGUUAUUCAGGACACUGAUUUUUCACUUUAAUAGUUAUUGGUAAUAAUAAUAUUUAACCUGUAAGUUUCAGCACUUUUUAUUUUAUUUUGCUGUUGUAAUGCUUUAUAUUUAUAUUUUGCCUUUAAUAUCUCACACGCAAUAAAAAAAAGCCUCUUGUGGAGCAUUCGUUUGGAAAGUGGAAUUAAAAUGGUGUAGUUUUUUGUUUUGCUACAAUAUUUUAUUUUCUGUAAUUUCCCAUUUUUGCUAAUAAUUACUAAUGAGGUUUUAAUAAUAUUUCAUUGCGAGUGUAUUAUUGGAGGUUAAUGCAGAUGCUGUGAAGAAUGAAUGAAUCGGGAAAUCAGCACAGCUGCAGUUUGAUCCCAGAGAUAUCAAACAUGAGCAUCAUGUAUAUAAUCCAGAAUAUUUGCUGCUUUCCUAUAAAUACACCUAUUUCCAAGAAUUAGGUGUGAAAUGUAGGUCACAGUGCAUGGGACGGCUUGGAUGAGUGGAGACAGCACGUGUCCAAACACAAAGUUUUGUGUGAAAAACCUGACCUCAUUCUACACUUUAAUCAGAAGGAAUUUCACAUUAGAAAUCAUAUCUCUAUAAUCUCUAAAUACUUUUCAAUGCGAAGCCCAGAAACGCGAUUGUGAGUUGAAUACGGUGUUGAAAAUCUCAGACUGAAUGCAAUCCAACAUGUCGACGGUUCCAAAUUCUACUUUUGCACGUAAAUGUGGGGGUUUUAUUUCAUCAUACAGUAUGUGGGUCACAUCAAGCUGAGAGCAGGCUUCAGGGGCCACAAUCACUUAUUAAAUGUGAACGCAUUAGUGAUGAUCUGCCACCUAGUGGUCAGAUCUUUGUGUCUGUUCCCAAAUAAUAAUAAAGUUUGGGUAAUUAUAUUA